CAGAACAUGAGCAGGGGAGGGGCAGAGAGAGAGGGAGACUCAAUGUCAGCAGGGAGCCUAAUGUGGGGCUCAGACUCAUGAACCCUGAGAUUAUGAACUGAGCCAAAGUUGGACGCUUAACCUAAUGAGCCACCCAGAUGCCCUAGGAACUCUAUCUUUACGGCUUUUCUUUAAAUCUAAAAUUCCUAAAAUAAAAACUUUUAAAAAAUAUCCUUUGCAAAGUUUUACCUCUACCAAUUAAAUCAGUAUUUCUGGGGUGUAAGCCAGGCAUCAGUAUUUUUUUUUUUUUUUAAGAUCCCAGAUGAUAUCAACGUGUGGCAAAAGUUUGGGAAACUCUCUGGUAGGAGAAGUCUCUGAGGCCGGAGGCUAUUAUAUUUUGGCAUUAAUUCACUCAAAAUGUUCUGAACUAAAUAAAAAUGUUGAGUGUUGCUUCUAUUUUAUAGCUUUGUGAAGUUGAAUUUUUAAUGAGUGUGAUAAAAAUAAAGUACUAGAACAAGUUGCCCAUUUGAACACCACUUGACGUUACACUAUUAGAUACUGAGCCACUAAAUGACCAGUGUAUCAAGCAUAUAAUUACAAGUAAUAUUAUAUCUUAAAAUAAAAUUUCUCUUGUAAUUUUCCUGCAAUUGAAAUGAAAAAUGACAUUCACAUGUACACACUUUGCUCUGCCUGGUCCCUGGCCCCUCCACCAGAGAAUGUCUAUAUGCUCUAGUGGACCCACAGCCCCAUCCAUAUUUCACCCUUUUUGAUCUGUUCCGUGCCCCUAGAGGCUGUCUGUGGACUGCAACACCCAGGGCCCCUUGCCCUUGAUUUCCAGUUGAGUUCAGGCAGGAUGGAGGAGAUAGAUGUGGUCUUUUUAGCUUCACUCUCUCCAUUCUUCAUCAUGGCAGGCCAUGGCUGCCUUUGUCCCAGAUCCAGCUCCUGUUGUCUCCCGCUCUCACUUGGCUCCAGAAACACUGUUCCCUUUCCCCACCCCUUCAGGCCCCAGAGAAGUAAUGGCUUCCUGCUGUGGCUAUUUCUGGGUAACUCAUAUCCCCUGUUGGAAUUUUUAAAAUUUUGCCCACACCUCUGUAAAUAGUCACUUGACUGAAGUACUUUUCAUUAAACCCCUCUAAGGGUGCCAUGUGCUUCUUGUCAGAAUUCUGAGUGAUACAAUCAGUGUAUUGUUGUCUACUCUUUCUUCUUGGGAAUGAUGACCGCCUCCCCCCACUUUUUUAACUUGACAUAAUAUACUGCUUACUUCUUUGGCCUUAAAAAUGCUCUUUAUUUUGUAAAAUGAUACUGAUAGUAGAGAGCAUUAUUUUCCCUAAAUCCUUUCUUGGCAAAAGAAGAAGUUGGCAAGCCUGUGCUGGUUCACCACACAUUUUUGAAAUUUCAUUUGUGAAAUUUCAUUUUUGAAAUCCAGAGCCUGGGAACCAUUGAUCUAAGUGAGUGUUUGACUUUGAAACAUGAAGGGAAUUCAGCUGUAUUUCAUCUUACCACAAGAAUCUUACAAAUCUGGGGCAAGUGGCCAAUGUGAACGAUGUCAAGGCAGGCACUCAAGUUUAGUUGUUUACAUAACAGGGUCUCAAUCCUGGUAAAGAGGGAAAUAGUAUCAGGGGAAAAUAGAAGGAGGUUUAAAAGCCAAAAUGGUUGUUUUCUGCAUGUUUCGGUAUUGCAUUUCACUGUCCCUCCAACGGGGGAAGCAAGAGAGGAGAGGGUAAGAGCGCACCUGGAAGUUUCAACAAGACGUUUACAGGACUUUUCCAUGAAGUUUGAGUGACUAAGAACUUUUAUGUUCACAGAUCCAGAAACGUUUGUAUUUGCACUAAUCCAAGUCCUUUUUUAUUAUAAAUAAUUGCAGAAGCUCAUUUAUAGAUGACUCCAUCACUAAGCAACGGGCUUUGGAUGUUUGUAUUUGUUGGUGUUUUAAAUUCAAUGUGUUUCAUAAUGUCAAGUACAGCCAAUUUGUAAUCGAAACAAAAUUUCCAAAGUACCCAACGUUUGGGCAGGGUAGAAGAACAUAGGGCAUUAUUUAUCGUAGUUCAGUCUCCUUGACUUUAAAAUUCUUCUUUGUUGGGAAUGUAAUAUCCUCUUUUGUUGUGUCAUAUCACAUUUAAUUUUGACUGCAGAGACAUUAACACAUGACUUUUUUAGCUUUCGUCUGUUUAAAAAUAUAUUUUUUGUUUAUGUUCUCAUUACUUCUUUUCUCUGUGUUUAGCUUGAGAAAAAGACACAAAGUAGUCUUUUGAAAUUCAUCCUUUCCUUUAUGCACUUUUAAGAAGGAAUUUAAAAGGGCCAGAUAGCUUAGUCAUAGAGAGAAUUUUUUUUAUGCAGUUAUAAUCCAAACAGAAGCUACUGUCCAUAUUUCAUGGAAGAAGAAUUGGCGAACCCAAUAAUUUUCUUUCUCUUUACAUUUCUACUACUGAAACAAAUUAAUAGAGACUUUAAACACUGACUUAUUUCUUCUUUUAUCUGAUAGUAGAACCCACUGAUGAAAAACUGGGGAACGAUCAGUAGCCAUGUUUCCCACCUCGGGGAGAGACAUAGUAAAAAGGAAUGAAACCCACUCAUACUGAGCAGCAGAGAGAAGAGAUGGAGAAGGCUAAUGGUAGUGUUAGAGUUCAUGAAGACCAGCUACGUGUCUGCUCUUCUGGUUGUUUAGUUGCUCAACUCUUCCUGAUUCUAUGAAAUAAAAAUGCCCAUUCUUGGCUAAGCUAUUAUAUUGAGUCAGCCAUGCAUAACUUGAAUUAGCUUAGGCAAAAGGAGGGAAUUAAGGAAAGAUCUUGAGGCAGAGUUGAUCAACUAAGCUUCAUGAAGGCGGAAGAAAGCUCUCUGGGAGGGACUCAGAGCCGUGGUCCAAGAGGUGGGUACCAUCAGGAUUCACUUUUCCCUCAUGUGACCCCUGCCCCUCUUCUUCCUGGACAUCAUGCUCUCUGUGGAGGAAUGUUUUGAUAUAUUACUUGCUAUGUUUUUCCCCAGUACUCUUCGUUUAUUUUCCCUAUAACACUCUUUCAUCAUGGGCAUUUUUUUGUGUCCAUUGCCACAGGAGAUGUGAUAAUAGACUGUGUCUUGAGUCUCAGAAACACAGACUGGGAGUGAAUUCAGACUCUGAAGACUAAGAGAAGUAUCCUAAAUUAGGGGAAAAGAAGAAAGCCAAGGGUGAAACAAAGAGAGCUAAGUUGGUACACCGUUGAGAAAGAGGCCCUGCAUACUGUUAAUGAAUCCUUCACUAAUCAACACCCUGCUGAGAUCUUCCAUGUGGCAGAGAACCUGGCUGCUGGAAGCUGCCGCUCACAGCCACACUUAUUCACCACCAUAGGAGGGGAAAUGCUGCUGAACCCUUUGACGCCCACCCCUUGAUCCUCCCGACCCAGCUUCUGUUUGAAAAGCUUCAGAGAUCAAUGUUCACUACCCUUCUAUUGGUGUUCCCACCCCAUAGAACUGUGAUAUACUAUGACAAAUCCUCCUUGGGUUUAAGUCCCUAUGGGCCUUAAGGGAAAGUGGCCAGUAUUUCUGAUAGCCUCGGUGAUUGGCACACACAUACUAUAAAUGAAUUUUCACAUAGCACAAAGCCAUGUGCCAGGUGGCCUCUGAAGCCAGGAUGCUGUAGCAGAUCCAUGUGCUUGGAAUCCGAGGGGCAGCAGUUUGCCACCAAAGGAAAUACUGUGACCAGAGGAAGAGAAAAGGGGGAGCUGGCUGGGAAAAUAGUAAGUCUCCCCCACAGUCUGUACUGGCUGGGUAUCUAGUAGGACCACACUAAUAAAGGCUUCCUGGGGAUGCCUGGGUGGCUUAGUCAGUUGAGUGUCCGACUGUUGAUUUUGGCUCAGGUCAUGAUCCUCGGCCAUGGGAUUGAGUCCUGCACUGGGCUCUGCACUGAGCUUGGAGCCUGCUUGUGAUUCUCACUCUCCCUCUCUCUGCCCUGCUCCCCCCCUUCUCUAAAAUUUAAAAAAGAAAAAAAUUAAGGUUUCUUAAUAUCACAUCGAUAUGAUGAAGGUAAAUAAAAUAAUUAAUAAGAUACUGUGUCUUUUAUGACCCAUUGGUUCAGAACUAGAAACUGGGCUCUGAAACAGAAUACAACAAAACAACAGUGACAACAAAAGCACUUAGCCUUUUCAUUGUAAACGUGUGUAAACUCUGUAGCAGUUCAACGAUGAGAUGUGGCUUAUAGGCCAUGAAUGGGCCUGGUGGUUUUUGCGCUCAAAUCUCAUUAUAUGCCUGCAGAGAACAAAGUGCUUUGUGCUAUGUGAAAAUUAGUUUAUAGUAUGUGUGUACCAAUCAUCAGGAUUAUCAGAAAUACUGGCCACUUUUCUUUAAGGUCCGUAGGGACUUAAAUCUGAAAUGCAUUUCUAUGAAAACUUCAUUUCGCUGCAUAAUUCUGAAAUGAUUCUAGCCAACUGUUUAUUCAUAGCAGCCUUUUCAGGCAAUAGUCUAGGAGUAAUUUCUCUGCAUGUCUUCUUCUCCUUGUCCUUCUUCUUUUUUCUAAAUAGGCUCCAACACCCAGUGCAGAGCCCAACAUGGGGCUUGAAUUCACAAACCUAAGGUCAAGACCUGAGCUGAGAUCAAGAGUCAGAUGCUUCACUGACUGAGCUAGCCAGGAGACAGAAGAGAAGAAGACAUGGAGGAGAAGGCCAUACACAGAUGGAGGCAGAGAUUGGAGUGAUGCAGCCAUAAGCCAAUGAAUUCCUGGAGCCACCAGAAGCUGGACUAGGCAAGGGAAGUUUCCCUCCUAGACUUUUGGGAAGGAGUGUGGACCUGAUUUUGGAGUUCUGGCCUUCAGAAGAGACUGCAAGAGAAGUAAAGUGGUCAUUUAGUCCAGCCUCGCACAGACGCGUCUCCUUCCUACUUUGGAAACUGAAAGGACUGCGACGUAAACCAGUCUACUCUCUGAAGUAAGAUGAUUUGUCAAAAAUUCUGUGUGGCUUUGUUACAUUGGGAAUUUAUUUAUUUGAUAACUGCAUUUAACUUGGCAUACCCAAUUACUCCCUGGAGAUUUAAGUUGUCGUGCAUGCCACCAAAUACAACCUAUGACUUUCUCUUGCCUACUGGAAUGUCAAAGAACACUUCAAAUGUGAAUGAACAUUAUGAGGCAGUUGUUGAAGCUAAAUUUAAUUCAAGUAGUACCUACUUUUCUAAUUUAUCUUCCAAAACAACUUUUCACUGUUGUCUUUGGAGCGAGGAAGAUAAAAACUGUUCUGUACAUGCAGAUGACGUGGAAGGGAAGGCAUUUGUUGCAACAGUGAAUUCUUUAGUUUUCCAACAAAUAGGUGCAAACUGGAACAUACAGUGCUGGACGAAAGAGGACUUGGAAUUAUUCAUCUGCUAUAUGGAGUCACUAUUUAAGAAUCCUUUCAAGGCUUAUGACCUUAAGGUCCAUCUUUUAUAUGUUCUGCCUGAAGUGUUAGAAGAGUCACUUCCGGUCCCCCAGAAGGGCAGUUUUCUGACUGUUCAGUGUAACUGCAGUGUUCGUGACAGCUGUGAAUGCCAUGUGCCUGUGCCCACAGCCAAACUCAACCACACUCUUCUUAUGUAUUUCAAAAUCACGUCUGGUGGAGUAGUUUUUCAGUCACCUAUGAUGUCAGUUCAGCCCAUAAAUGUUGUGAAGCCUGAUCCACCAUUAGGUUUACAUAUGGAAAUCACAGACACUGGCAAUUUAAAAAUUUCUUGGUCCAGCCCAACAUUGGUACUAUUUCAACUUCAAUAUCAAGUGAAAUAUUCAGAGAAUUCUUCAACAAAUAUGAGAAAAGCUGAUGAGCUUGUCUCAGCUACAUCUCUGCUGGUAGACAGUGUGCUUCCUGGGUCUUCAUAUGAAGUUCAAGUGAGGGGCAGGAGACUGGAUGGCCCAGGACUCUGGAGUGACUGGAGCGCCCCUCUGAUCUUUACCACACCAGAUGUCAUAUACUUUCCACCUAAAAUUCUGACAAGUGUCGGGUCUAACGUUUCUUUUCACUGCAUUUAUAAAAAUGAAAACAAGAUUGUUUCCUCAAAAAAGAUUAUUUGGUGGAUGAAUUUAGCUGAGAAAAUUCCUCAAAGCCAGUAUCAUGUCGUGGGUGACCAUGUUAGCAAAGUUACUUUUCGCAGUUUGAAGGCAACCAAACCUCGAGGGAAGUUUACCUACGAUGCAAUAUACUGCUGCAACGAGCAUGAAUGCCACCAUCGCUAUGCUGAAUUAUAUGUGAUUGAUGUCGAUAUCAAUAUAUCAUGUGAAACUGAUGGGUACUUAACUCAAAUGACUUGCAGAUGGUCAACCAAUACAAUCCAAUCACUCGUGGGAAGUACUUUGCAGUUGAGGUAUCAUAGGAGCAGCCUUUACUGCUCUGAUGUUCCAUCUAUUCAUCCCAUAUCUGAAUCUAAAGAUUGCCAUUUGCAGAGAGAUGGUUUUUAUGAAUGCGUAUUUCAGCCAAUCUUUCUAUUGUCCGGCUAUACAAUGUGGAUUAGAAUCAAUCACUCUUUGGGUUCACUUGACUCUCCACCAACGUGUGUUGUUCCUGAUUCUGUGGUGAAACCACUGCCUCCAUCCAGUGUGAAAGUGGAAAUUACUGUAAAAAUUGGAUUAUUGAAAAUAUCUUGGGAAAAGCCAGUCUUUCCAGAGAAUAAUCUUAAAUUCCAGAUUCGCUACGGCUUAAGUGGAAAAGAAGUACAGUGGAAGAUGUAUGAGGUACAUGAUGCAAAAUCCAAUUCUGCCAGCGUCCUGGUGCCAGAUCUGUGUGCUGUCUAUGCUGUUCAGGUGCGCUGCAAGAGGCUGGAUGGGCUGGGAUAUUGGAGCAAUUGGAGUAGUCCAGCCUACACAGUUGUCACAGAUAUAAAAGUUCCUACCAGAGGACCUGAAGUUUGGAGACUAAUUAAUGAAGACACCACUAAAAAAGAGAGAAAUGUUACUUUACUUUGGAAGCCUCUGAUGAAAAAUGACUCAUUGUGUAGUGUAAGAAAAUAUGUGGUAAAACAUCAUACUUCCCGCAAUGGAACAUGGUCAGAAGAUGUGGGAAAUCACACUCAAUUCACUUUCCUGUGGACAGAGCAAGCACAUUCUGUUACAGUUCUGGCCGUCAAUUCAAUUGGUGCUUCUUUUGUGAAUUUUAAUUUAACAUUCUCAUGGCCUAUGAGCAAAGUAAACACCGUGCAGUCACUCAGUGCUUAUCCUUUAAACAGCAGUUGUGUGUUUCUUUCCUGGAAAUUAUCACCCAGUGAUUACUCUCUGAUGUAUUUUAUUACUGAGUGGAAAAUUCUUAAUGAAGACAGUGAAAUUAAAUGGCUUAGAAUCCCUUCAUCCGUUAAGAAGUAUUAUAUUCAUGAUCAUUUUAUCCCCAUCGAGAAGUAUCAAUUCAGUCUUUACCCAGUAUUUAUGGAAGGAGUGGGGAAACCGAAGAUAAUUAAUAGUUUUACCCCAGAUGAUAUUGAAAAACGCCAGAAUGAUGCAGGUCUAUAUGUAAUUGUGCCAAUAAUUAUUUCCUCUUCAAUCUUAUUGCUUGGAACAUUAUUAAUAUCACACCAAAGAAUGAAAAAGAUGUUUUGGGAAGAUGUUCCAAACCCCAAGAACUGUUCCUGGGCACAAGGACUUAAUUUUCAGAAGCCAGAAACGUUUGAGCAUCUUUUUGUCAAGCAUACAGAAUCAGUGAUAUUUGGUCCUCUUCUUUUGGAGCCUGAAGCCAUUUCAGAAGAUGUCAGUGUUGACACAACAUGGAAAAAUAAAGAUGACAUGGUGCCAACAGCUAUGGUGUCUCUACUUUUGGCAACUCCGGAUCUUGAAAAGGGUUCUAUUUGUAUCAGUGACCAGCACAGCAGUGCUGACUUCUCUGAGCUUGAGAGCAGUGUGGUAACCUAUGAGGAUGAAAACAGGAGACAGCCCUCUGUUAGAUAUGCUACCCUACUCAGCAGCUCUAAAUCAAGUGACAUUGAUGAAGAGCAAGGGCUUAUAAAUAGUUCAGUCAGCAAAUGCUUCUCUAGCAAAAAUAUUCUGUCCAAGGAUUCUUUCUCUAACAGCUCAUGGGAGAUAGAAACCCAGGCAUUUUUUAUAUUAUCAGAUCAGCAUCCCAAUAUAAUUUCACCACACCUUCCGUUCUCAGAAGGAUUGGAUGAAUUUUUGAAACCUGAGGGAAAUUUCCCUGAAGAAAAUAAUGGUGAGAGGUCUGUCUAUUAUUUAGGGGUCACCUCAAUCAAAAAAAGAGAGAGUGGUGUGUUUUUGACUGACGAGUCACAAGUGUUGUGUCCGUUCCCAGCCCAUUGUUUACUUACUGACAUCAGAAUCCUCCAGGACACUUGCUCACAACUUGUAGAAAAUCAUUUCAGUUUAGGAACUAAUGGUCAGAAGACUUUUGUAUCUUACAUGCCUCAGUUUCAGACUUGUUCUACUCAGACUCGGAAGAUAAUGGAAAACACAAUGUGUGAUCUAACUGUCUAAUUUCAUUCAAGAAACAUCUCAGAUGUAUGUUACAGUGAAUCAUAUGAAGUGUAUGUAAUACAGUCCACCAUGGUUGUGGAUAUGGGAGAGGAAGGAAAACUGUUAGAGUCAAACUUGAAAGUGAGUGUUUCCAAAUUAAAGGUAUCUGUCAUUGCUCAGUAAUAUUGACAAAAAAUGAGAGAAAGUCUUCAAGAGCCUUGCAAUGUAGACUGACUCUUCUAAUGAUUUCAUUAACAAGCUACACUAGGAAGAUCUCCAAUGGCUUGUUUCUAGCUAGAAAUGAACCCAACAUAUACCAUCUUGGCAAACAUUAGACCUGUGUAGAAAGAGCUAAUCUUCUCGAUUAUACCUAAGUUUAAAAGACACUGUGGGAUGUAACUUGUUUCAAAGGUAUGGUUGUUUUAUCUUGAGUUGUCUUUGUUUUCAACUGAUUCACACGCGCGCGCGCGCGCACACACACACGGUCUAUACAUAAGAGGCAUCCUCGUACAUUUUUGAAGUAUGUGAUAUAUUUGUAUUUGUGCCACUUGACUGUGUGAUUUUAAGAUUUUGCAAUUUAACAAACUUGCCUUGAGCACUUACUCUGUGGUAGGCAGUCCGCUAAAUGUUGCAGAUUUAGAUCUGGCCUGGGGGAUAUACUUCUGAAGACUGACAAGUAAGCUGAUCUUUAUGUAUCGAAUAUAACCAUGCAAUGAUACUACCUAUCAGAAUGGCAAUACUAGAAUACAAACAAUAUUUUGAUGACAACAAAAGCAUUUUGAAAACAUAAUGUGUGUCUUAACGCUUCCCUAUAAAAGAUGUUGCAAUGGUUGCUUUCUGAUACAGUUAGAUGACUAAAUGCUACUGUAUAUCACUCUGGAAUUAUUGUCUUCCCUGAUUCCAACUUGCUUGUACGCUGUUUUUUUUUUUCUCACUUCUCUUUCAUAUAACCACCCACUGUGUUAAAGCUUUCCAUAUUUUAUCUCAAUCAAUUAUUAAAAUAAUUGUAUGAGACAUGUACUACUAUAACACCCUUAUUAAAGAUUAGAAGAUUAAGUAAUUUUCCCAAGAACACAGAGUUAGUGUAUAAUGGAACCAGAAUCCAGAUUUAAACCCAGAUCUUUUAAUGCUAGUGAUUAUGUUUUAAACCUAUACCUUACGUUGCUGUCCAUUAAAAAAAUGACUCACAAGCAGAUAAAAUUUGUUAAGUGGAUAUAUAAUCCUGGGUGAAAAUGAAGUGAGAAUUACACAGAUGUUGUUUUUGCCUUUAAAGACUUUAAUAUUUCUUGUUUGUUUCAGUUUUUGGUAUGGCAAGAAAACUCCGAGACAGCAUUUUGAGCAACAAACUAAUCAAGAAACCUGCAGAGAUAGAUGUUGAGUGUCAAUAAAUCAGAAUUUCAAGAUGAUCAGUAUAAUCAAAAUACAUACCUUAGUACUCAGAAAUAUGCCUAUUAGAUUGCUAAGCAUCACCAGUUUCAUACUUGGCCUGAGAGAGGAUCCUGCUGAUUUUACUGUUACCCUAGAUAAAAUCCUACACUCCAUCUCUAUUCUAGUUGUGGCCAUAUGAAAUGAGAAGUUCUAGACAGUGACAAAGAUCUCAGGGCCCAAACAACAGGUAUUUUUUUUCACACUUCAUGAUCAUUUGCCAAUUAGAAAUCAAUAAAGUUGUUUCAUGCCAUAAGGAUUGUUGAGAUAUCUCAGGAUCUCACAUACUCAUCAACAGAUAGGUGACUCACAAGAGAAUGGUAGAGGGCUCACAUCAACUCACUGAAUUUUGAGUGUGGUAUGAAAGCCUUAGUUCUAUACAAAGAUAAAUUGAGAGAAUACAUUUUUUUUCACUGAUGUUUUAAGUGGUUUACAGAUUCAGAAACAGAAAGAAAUUAUUGCAUGUAUGGAAGUUCUGGCAAAAUUGACCAUUAUUUUUAAUGCUGCUCAUAGAAUAUAGAAGUUGUAUUGAGGAUGCAGUAUAGAAGAAUUACAUUUUGCUCCAUUCUGCAUAAAGUUAGAGAUUAAACAAUGAGCAUGUCCACUGAGACACAACAUUCUCUUGUGGCCUGGGACCCAUGACUAUAUGACUAUGGGGAAGAGAAAGUGACAGAUGUUCCAAACAGCCUAUGAUUUCACCAUGCUAUGUGUAUGUGGCAGUGAAUUCAGAAGUCCCAGCAACAGUGUAGUGCUGCAGGUCUGAGUUAAAGGAAUUUAGUAACGAUAUAUUAACGAGAUCAUUGAUAUCCCGGUGCACAGUUCCAAAAACAAAUGAAAACAUCUCAAGUAGUGAAAUGCCAAGGGAGUUGUUUUCAUGGAGAGGGCUGAAUGGUAGAGUUUGGCCUAUUGGUAUAUAUAGAUUUAGAUCCUAUCUGUUGUCAGUGUGUUAGGGCUCUGAUUUUCACUUUUGAAAGUUUGUUUCACUGCAUAUAUCACUAUACAUUAUUGGGUCUUUAUGAAAAUUAUCUGUCAUUAAGUAGUGGGUUUUAAUAAAAAUAUAGGUAAAUUUAGAACAUUUUGUACUUCAGGAUGGUCUGAUAUUUUCCAUUUCUUUCCAAAGAUUCCUUAAAAAAUGUUUUUAAGGAGAGAAGAGCUGAAAUAUGGAUUUGCACUUUUAAACUUAGGAUAAAUCUGGAAUUUGGAGUAUUUCUCUUAAGGCCUUGAAUUGCAACACAAGUUACCAGUCUCUCUAAAUCUGAACUUGAUGAAAAGAAAUUCAGAAGUUAAUAAUUUGGGAUAUGGCCUCAAGGUUCAACAUAAGACAAAUCACUUGUCAGGGCUAAUGAGAUUAUACGUUUCCUAUGUUAAACCCCCUAAAACAAAGAAGAAAAAUCAAGGUGUGGUUAUCAGUAACAGCAGGGGCCUCCCACGGAGCCCUGUGUUCCCAUUUGGAGAUGGGCUACAUAUGGACAAGAGGAAUAGGAACAGAUAUUCUUUCAUGUUUAAGCCUCAUCUCAAGUGGUAAGAGGACUUGGAUGAAAUUUGCAAACCAGUGGGUGAUUCUGGACCUAUAAUAAGGUUUUAUGGCACCGAGCAUGAGCUGCGUUUAUCUUCUCUCUUCCCUUUCCAAUAAAACCAACUCCCUCUUUCCAAAUAUCAAACAUAUGGUCACAUUCCCUUAGGAAUAUUCACUUUGACUACACAAAUGCUGAGAGAAGAGAAACUUCCUUCACAAACUGAUGCCAGAUUCCAAAACUACUUUGGUUGGCACGGGAUACAGGGUAGGCCAUCAGAGCUGUGCCCAUGGGGACCACGUGGGGUUGGACAACGUGCUAAAUGGAUCAAGACAUGCUGCAACCAUAUGUCACCUAGACAUGGAUGGAAAAAGACCUCUUUCCAAAUUCCUUCCUGUAGUUUUAAAAAGAAAUGUGCUCCACUGUUCAUCUUUUGAGGGUCAUCUUGAUAGUUAAGGACUCUUCUAAAGUGAUUAUUAUUGAGAAACCAUACUGUCAUAUGUAAAACACAAAAUUGUCCACUCUAUUAUGAAAAACUGCGUUUGAGGAAAAAAAUGCAAACAUAGUCACCAAAGAAAAUGUGAAGAAGCAUUUACAAAAGGAAACUAGAGAAGUCAGUAGUUUUGCCUUAUCUCGCACAACUAAAUUAAAACAGUAAAGCACGCCUGCACGCAGUCACAAUGUUGGGGGGGGCAAUUUAGAAUACAAAGGUCUUCAUUAGAACUGAGUCAUGUUACUUGUUACUUGUAUGAGCAUCAAAAAUGGUUUCCAUGGGUGUUUAUAUUGCACAAAUUAUUUUUAUACAAAGUUUAUCAAUCAGUGUUUAUUUUGGAAAGCUGCUGAAGAUGUCUAUUUUUCAAAAUUAACUACACUUCAGAUGUUUGGCAUUAAAUUCAAUUUUGUGAGGCCCUUGACAGGAUAU